AUGAAAGUUGAAUACACUCAUUACCAUGCCCCUGAAGAAUUUUGCUUUGUAGGUACGAGACAUGAACAAAUCGUUUUGGAUCUAGCCGUCUCUCCAUCAAUCUAUUUACGGCAGAUUGAUUUUUUGUUUUCCAUCUUUUUGCGGCCAAAGAUUCGAUGUGGGAAAGAACAUCUUGCAACACUCGUUUCAGGACCUGACCAGGAGCCAGAACCCAUUGAUUGGGAGUACUACAGGAAAGGUCUUUCUUUACCAACAAACAAACCUAUUGAUUGGUAUAUACUGGAUAACAAGUUUCACCUAACAACAUUUCUUGAAGAUGACACCAAAUCUAAUGGAUAUUCUUCAAAAGAAUUGCCAUGGCUUCCUGAUAUAGUUAAAGAUUUUGUUCUUCCUGCUGGCUUCCCUGGAUCUGUUUCAGAUGAUUACUUGGAAUACAUGCAUGUCAAUCUAACUCAAGCCAGUACUUCUGAUUGGGCAGUUGGUUUAGACUAUUCUUCUGGAACCACAGCUGCAGCUUCUGCUGCUGCCAUCAGAUGGGUGUCAAAAGAUGGAAUUGGUGCCAUUGGACGUUUUUUCAUUGGUGGAAGAUUUGGAAAUCUUUUUGAUGAUGAUCCAAAACAAUGGCGCAUGUAUGCAGACUUCAUUGGAAGUGCUGGAAGCAUCUUUGAUCUCACUACACCUCUCUAUCGUGCAUAUUUCCUCCCACUAGCAUCUUUAGGGAAUCUUGCAAAGUAAAGGAUCUUCUGAAAUGCAUCGCGAACAAUACGAGGAUAAUAAUGCCGAGACAAAAGUCGAGAUUGAGAAUUUGAAGAAGUUAGUUGAGACACAACGCGAACAAUAUGAGGAUAUUCAACAAAAAUGUGAGGAUGUUCAGCAAAAAUAUGAGGAUGCUCAGAAAAAGAAUGUGGAGUUUCAGUAGAAAAAUGUGGAUGUUCAAGCAAAGUUUGAACAACUUGCACAAGCAAUGAAUGUCAUUAACACAUUGAGUGAACAAGUCAAAACUUUUAUUAAACAAUGAUAGAAUAUUAUGUAUCGAAUAAUGUUUUACCUUAAAUUUGUAGCGACUUUCAAUUUUGAAAUAUGUAUCUUUUGAUGUAUUGGAUAUUUCUUUUAGUUUCUAUAGAAAUACUUUGUUA